AUAAAAAAAAAAAAAUACUUGAGGCAGUAAUGCGUUUAGUUCUUGAGGAGAAUGAAGAAGACCACACACAUAAACACGAACGGAACUUCCUCUUGGAUCUGCCUGAACUGUUGCAAGACGAUCAUCCUUCGCUUGCGUUUAAUCUUUUACAGAGCAUUCUUCAAACUGAUAUUCAACUGUCUACACAGAGUAAAGAAAUUCUGUGUCAGAUUGCAUUCAACAACACAUGGAAACUGCCAGAAAUAACAGAUUUCAUGAGGAAACAUUUUGGCAAAGACAAAGAACAAGUGCAGUCAAUACUUCACAUUGCACAGACGUACAAGCUGGAGUAUGGGAGCGUCUUUACUGCUUUAGGUUCAGCUGAUCCCCUCAGAGGGUUAAAAAGCUAUGUUGACAAAGAGAGACACAAAAAUUCUGAUACUGUUAUUAGUGAAAUGCGUAAAGCGAACUACCCAGAGAAUGUACUGAUAAUACUAGAGGACGUUCUGGGGUAUCUGGAAAUGGAGCUUCCAAAAUACAAAACAGCUAGUCUCAGUGAAAAAAACAUCCAGAAUGUAAAGAAAAUGAUUAGAGAACUGGAUUUUAACAACCCAGAUAGACAAGUUCUCAAACAUGUGCUAGUGGGAAUGUCAGUCGCAGUAAAGAUAUGCUCUGCUGUCACUAUUCAGAGGGGUAAAAAGGAAAUAGUCAUUGAAGGAUAUCUUCCCAGAUUAACUCAACUUGCAACCUUGGUUGUUUUCCUGCUUCCAAAAUCAAAAACUAAUACAGGUUGUCUACUUGAAAUUGGGACAGGUGAAGGGAAAUCUUGUAUUUUAGCCAUGCUUGUUGCAAUCCAUGCCAUUCGUGGUGUAAAGGUGGACAUUGUGACGAGCUCCCCGGUCCUCGCCUGUCGUGAUUUAGAGGAAUGGAGUGGACUGUACAACAUGUUUGGCAUAACGUCAUCUGCUGUUCCUCCAAUGCUGAAUGAUGUCUCAUCUGAAAAACAAGAGGAACUGACUCAGGAAGCAUACAAACAACAAAUAAUUUACAGUACUGUUGGGACUUUUGCAGCAGAUACACUGAAACAAGAGUUUGAGAAGAAAACAACUCGAGGAGACAGGAGGUUUGAGCUGGUCGUUGUGGACGAGGUUGACUACAUGACCUUGGAUAAUGGAGUUCAAAUAACAUUUCUGUCCCAUGAGUCCAGUGGCCUCCAGCAUUUGGAGCAAGUCCUAGCAAGCAUCUGGGCCAUGAUAUCUGCGUGUCGACCAAUUGAGAUAGAAGACACUGGAGAGACCAUGUGGACAACAAGAGUCCAGAAUUUUCACACAGCUGCCCUGAUAGCAAUGAUUGGUUCAGAAAAAAGUGAUACGUUUUCACCACUGGAAAUUUUGUUGCCAGGAACCGAAUUAGGCUUUUACUCAGAGGAAGAUUUUGAAAAUUUGAAGGUCUCUAUUGAUGAUGAAGGAGAAAAGCAACGUGUCACUAUGGAAAAUGAGGCAUGGAAGACCAUCAUGGCCAAAACGGGAAUAGAACAACAGUAUGCCCUGCUCAGUGUUCUCGAGAUGGGGAUGGAGCAGAAGGUGGCAUUCAACUGUUAUAUAUAUCAGUCAGAAACUAGAAAAGCCAUUCAGUUUGGAGAGCAAAAGACAAAAACUGACCAAAACAUCAACAUGUUGCUCCUCGAGAAUGGAAACGCUUGUGAGAUCUUGUCUGAAAAUUUGCUUGUUGAAGCCACUGUUAGCCAGCUGAAAACAAAGAUUAAAUAUUCUAAACAAUGCAGUUCAAAAGAAGGAGACGACACUCUUGUAAUCCCUUCUUUCUUAGAGAAAUACCUGGAAAAUCAGCUGCCAGUGUUUGUUGAGAAUGCAUUGAAGGCCAUUCAGAUGACCAAAGGCAGAGAGUACAUGAUCGAGAGAUCUCUUAGUGCUGAGGGAAUAGAUGUUAGUGAAGAAGAUCAACACAUGUACCAUGCAAUAAUUCCAGUGGAUUUCCAGGCCAGUGGAAUGUUGGAGAAAAGAAAACGGUGGGGUGAUGGACUGCAACAGUUUCUGGAGAUGAAGCAUCAGUUAACUUUAUCACCGUUAUCAAAUGUGACAAACUACAUGUCAAAUUCCAAUUUCUUUAAAAGAUAUCUCAAUGGGAAAGGGAUAUUUGGUGUUUCUGGAACACUGGGGGGAGAUGCUGACAAGGGUUUCCUGGCAAGGCAUUACAAAACGGACAGCUAUGUCAUACCAGCUCAUCAGCGUCAAAAGGUUACUGAGCUUCCUGCAGUCCAGGUGAGGGGAGGUACCGAACAAUGGCUCCAAACUCUUUGUGCCACGGUCUCAAAAGUCUCUGACAGAGGACAGGUGGUGUUAGUCGUGUGUGAGGACGUCAACACAGCAAAUGCUCUCAAUGACAAAAUUACAGCAGAAAACAAACAUUCAGUUACCAUGUACACGAUGAGCGAGAGCCACAACAUUGAGAACCAGGAGUUCAACAAGGGACACAUCAUCAUUACCACUAACCUUGGAGGACGUGGAACAGACAUUAAGGUUACAGAGGAGGUUAAUCGCUGUGGUGGUCUCUUUGUGUUACUCACGUACUUCCCCAAUAACCGAAGAGUCGAGAAACAGGUCUUUGGGCGAACAGGUCGAAAAGGCACCCCGGGAAUGGUCCAGUUAAUACUGAACCAUGAUCAUCUAGCCAUGGCCUACCGAGGACAUUCUAUUGAGGUCAUGAGGGACCUCAGAGAAGAGUAUGAGGUUAAUCGAAUAAAAGACAUGGAGAAGGAGAAACUAGCUGAAAUUGCAAUGAAGGAAGAGCUGUUCUCCACAUUUUGUCAGUUCCUUAGUGACUGUGACAGGCAUUAUAGUACAGAAGAGAAGACAGACCUCUUUGAAGUUAAAGUAAAAGACGUCCCUCAUUACUUUGAGUCCUUUCAGAGUAAGAUGGACUAUCACCCAGCCCUGAAUGCUUUAAAAGAGUCAUGGGGUAUGUGGCUGAUACUUCAUACAGACCAGAUUAACAUACAGAAUGACCUCAGUGAAUUGAAAGAAGACCUCAUCCAGCACUUGCUAGAUACAAGUAACAAACUUUUACAAGGUCAGAGUGAAAACUUUUAUGACCACAUUCAGCAGGCUUUAGGACGAACUGCCUUGCACUUUCAAAACAAAAACAAAUGUGACUAUGGAGCAAAAUCUUACUGGAAAAAAGCCUCUGACUCCAACAGCUACUACAGAGCUGUUGCACUGUAUAACCAGGCCUACAUUACCAUUAACAUGGCCAAAGAAGGCUACAAAAGUGAGGCGCGUUCCUUACUUGAGGAGGCAGAGAAAGCCAUAGAUGUUUACAUAUCAGAAACGACCAGUAUACUGAGCUUUUGCUCCUUGUCCGUUAAUCGAGAUUUUGAACCGCACCAUAGCGGCAGCUGUAACUUCCAAAUACAAAUGCAGGCGAGGAUGAACAUAUUUAACUCAUGGAAGCGAAAUAUCAAAAAAACACUUGACAUGCUUGGAUCGGGCGAAGGAGACUUCAAAACUGUGGAUUUGACUCUUUACAACUUAUCCACUGAGGAGGAUUUUGUGUCUUGUGGUGAACUCGGUCUCUUUCGUAAUUAUGGCCUUGCAGUUGUGUUUGAGGUGGAAAAAAAGCCCCAAUUCUCAUUUGAUGCCCUGAUUUGUUGUUUUCUUGGUGUCGUUCAGGUUGUAGCAGGAGUUCUGGUCUGCAUGUUGUCAGCUGGAUCCAUGUCCUCAUUUGGCCUUGGUUUGAUCUCUGAAGGUGUCUCUGACAUGAUCAGUGGGGUCAUGGGAAUGAUAAAUGGCACAUUUGAUUGGGCAUCAUGGGCAAUGUCUAAAGCAAUUAGUAUCGGAAUUUCUUUGGCCUGUGGGGGAUUCAGUGUUCUCAAAAGAUCAUUCUCCUCUGUGAAGAAUGCUGCAAGUAAUAUACUCAAUGGCACAAAAUCCCUAAAAAGUGUUGCAUGUAAUGCCCUCCGAUCAGGAAAAAACCUGUUUGUUUCAUCAUGUAAAUCAGCCAAAUCAGUGUUAUCAUCAAUAAGUGUAAAGCACAUCUCAUGGAAUGCGGCCAAACCAACUUUAAAACAUGCAUGUAAAUAUGCCGUUCAGGAAUUGGCUAUUCAAGGGGUAAACACUGCUUUGAACACAUGCAUCGAUAAUACAGUGCAAAAGACAUUCCAACAAGGAUUUCGAGUUACUUUCAAAAACUCUAUCUGUUCAUCAUUAAAAGAAAAUAAACAGUUUGGCCGAGCGCUCAGAGAUUUCAUUAGCUCAGGAAUUCCAAAGGCUGCCUUGGAGAAAAGCUCUGGUUCUUACAAGAUUAGCAGAACUCUAGUGAAUGAAAUGAAGAACUGUAUGGUUUUCAACACAAAACUUGUCAUGAAUGAUCUCAUAGUAAACUGUAAAGAAAUACAUCAGGUGAUUAACACACUCUCACAGGUAUGGGACAAAUCAGCAGAGUUUGUUGCACAUCGCUCUCAUGCCUGUAUCAAGAUGCUUCUGACAACCACAAGCAUUUCCACCACCAUUUAUGAAAUGUAUUCCUCCAUUCCUACUAAACAUACCAUUGACAAUAAUUUUGUUCCUGCAUUUUUGAAGACCAUGAAGGAGGAUCCAGUAUUUGAGACAUAUGACAAUGAUGGAAGGGACAAACUGCAAGAUGUGGACCGUCUUAAAGAUGAACUCAUUGACUUAGUUUCAGACAUUCUUUCCCAAAUCAUGGUGGAGAGUUUUUCUGGGUUUGCCACAACCAUGUUUACAAAAACAUUCACUCAAAGACUAAACUCUGCUACUGGAAAAGUGGUUGGUAAUUUUCUGGGGAGGCAUGAAACCCAAAGUUUCUUUGUGAGUCAGCAGCAUCAUUAUGAUCUGAAAUCUGCCACUAAAUGCAAGGACAGAUCUUUGACUAAAGAAGAACGAAAUGAGCUCACAUGCUACGCCAAUAAUAUAACUGAUGAACAUAAGCCAGCAACAGCUUUAGAAGUCCAUGUCUUGACAAAUAGUAACUUGCUGAAUGGAAAAGGAAUUUGUAUAACUGUAGUAGAUCAUAAAGGAAAACUUCUCACAGAGGAAACUUACCCAGGAACUGAUCCAGCAGCUGGUACUAUCAAACUUGUGCUGACGAAAACACCUCUGACUUCUCCAGAAACAAGAGGAGUAUUGAGUAAACUGACACACAGAGUUAUGGGUAAAGACACUGAACAGACUGGCCACAUUGAUAUUAUACGCCCUGAUGGCUCUCGGGAAACUGUGAACUCCUCAAAUCACAACUGUCUUUUUCAUGCUGUCAUUCAAGCAACAAGUAAUGACCCAAAUGAUGUUGUAAAACAAAAAGCAGUAGAACUUCGCAACAAAAUCAGUGAUGAGAUUCUUGGAAAACCACACAAGUAUAUUGAUCCUGUGAAAAUUCAGAAUAUGUUCAACCGCACAAACAGCUCCAAUAAAUUUAAAAUUGAAGCUGGAUUAAGACAAGGGGACAGGGAGAAGUUUGGAGAGUAUAUCACUGGCAAAACUCCAAUGGACAUUAUUAAGGAAUACAACUUAGGAAAAGUGGAAAAAUAUGAAAGCCUUUUAGACAUGGAUAAACCCACUCCAGGAGUAGUUGAAGCAGACCACAUUCCACCAAAGAAUAGUUUAAAUGAAGCCUAUAGGCUCCUCAGGAGAAAUCCAGAAAUGGCAAAUUCACUCAAAAGCAACAACAAGGCAGCCUAUGAUUUGGUGAUGAGCAUGAAGGAUGACCAGAAUGGAAGAAACCAGCUCUGCAUGAACACCCUGUACUCGGAUCAUCGACGUGCGCUGACCACCGGCAACAGUUCUGAAGCCAGAGCAUGCAGACGAUUGCUGACAAACACCUUAGCAAGUGGAGAUAUGGAGAAAGUGUUGAAGCAGUCAUUAAUAUCAGCUCACCCGGGAUGCUCAGACAGCAUUCGGAAGAGUCUAGGUAUCCGUCAUAAUAUUGCGACCCAGAAUUCUGGACUUGAAACGACUGACACAAACAAAUACUACAAGGAUGGAUUUAUUAGUAUGGUACAUAGAUACAACAGGAAGGAUCUGAUAAACCAAAACCAAACAGAUCGCCUGAUGAAGUGGGUGGAAGAGGAGAGAUAUUUGGACACGUCUACACUGGAAUAUAGAGAAAUAAAAGAUGUUGUAAACAGAAGAAACACAGCCAGAACAAGGCCAAAUUUUUUCCGCCAUGAGCUGUAAUGUUCGUGUCAGAGUUAAUGUAAGUGCUUGACUGUACGAAAGAAAUAAACCUUGUUAAGACAAAUAAAUCUAUUUAAAACUUUACCUCUACAAGUACUGAAAAUACAAUACA